AGCACGAUGCUCUCCUGUGCCUCAUUCAACAAACUGAUCUACCCCUCGGCCGCGGAUGUGUCCGCCGUGGCCAGUGGCAAGUCGUCCACCGUGGCCGUGGAUGGCGGUGUAGGUGCUGGCUCUGGCGGCGGGGUCAAUCCUGUCGGCAUUGGGUCCCUGGCCAGUCUCCAGGCCCUGCCAUCGGGUACCUUGGCCGGAAGCGGGGCACCCAGCGAGACCCAGAGCGAGAUCUCGUCCGUGGACAGCGAUUGGAGUGACAUACGUGCCAUUGCACUGAAGCUGGGCGUACAAAAUCCAGACGAUCUGCACACGGAACGUUUCAAGGUUGAUCGACAGAAACUGGAGCAGUUGAUAAAGGCGGACAGCGCCAUCGAGGGCAUGAAUGGGGCUGAGUAUUUCUUUCAUGAUAUCAUGAACACGACAGAUACGUAUGUAAGCUGGCCUUGCAGACUCAAGAUCGGCGCCAAGAGCAAGAAGGAUCCCCAUGUACGGAUUGUGGGCAAAGUGGAGCAAGUGCAGCGUGCCAAGGAGCGCAUACUGAGCAGCCUUGACUCGAGGGGCACUCGUGUGAUCAUGAAGAUGGACGUCAGCUACACGGACCACUCCUACAUAAUUGGACGCGGCGGGAACAAUAUCAAGCGCAUCAUGGACGACACUCACACCCAUAUCCACUUUCCGGACUCGAACCGUUCGAAUCCCACUGAGAAGUCCAAUCAGGUGUCGCUGUGCGGCAGUCUAGAAGGAGUCGAGCGGGCCCGUGCCUUGGUCCGUCUAUCCACCCCAUUGCUCAUCUCGUUCGAGAUGCCCGUGAUGGGUCCUAGCAAGCAGCAGCCGGAUCAUGAUACGCCCUACAUCAAGAUGAUUGAGAGCAAGUUCAAUGUGCAGGUCAUAUUCUCAACACGUCCGAAGUUGCACACCUCGCUGGUCCUGGUGAAGGGCUCCGAGAAAGAGUCGGCCCAGGUCCGUGAUGCCACCCAGCUGCUGAUCAACUUUGCCUGUGAGAGCAUCGCGAGCCAAAUCCUCGUCAAUGUCCAGAUGGAGAUCUCUCCGCAACACCAUGAGAUCGUCAAGGGGAAGAACAACGUGAAUCUGUUGAGCAUCAUGGAACGCACGCAGACCAAGAUCAUAUUUCCCGAUCUUAGCGACAUGAACGUAAAGCCGCUGAAGAAGUCGCAGGUGACGAUCAGCGGACGCAUCGACGACGUCUACAAGGCGCGACAACAAUUGCUUGGCAAUUUGCCCGUAGCAUUGAUAUUUGACUUUCCCGACAACCAGAACGAUGCCUCCGAAAUAAUGAGCCUCAAUACCAAGUACGGUGUCUACAUCACGCUGCGACAGAAGCAGCGCCAAAGCACACUGGCCAUCGUGGUCAAGGGCGUCGAGAAGUUUAUAGACAAGAUAUAUGAGGCUCGCCAAGAGAUCCUUCGCCUGGCCACGCCCGCUAUCAAGCCAGAAGUCCCUGAUCACUACUUCAUGCCCAAGGACAAGGACCUAAAUCUGGCCUAUCGCACACAGCUGACGGCUCUUCUCGCCGGCUACGUGGAUAGUCCCAAGACUCCGUCGCUGCUGCCGCCAGCACUCGCGGGACAACUGACGCCGUACGCCAACAACAACCAUCUGCUGCUCAACGCGAAUUCGGCGGUGGGUGGCCUGGCCACGCCCACCGGCAUCUGUGCGCCCACCCAGAAGUACAUGCAGCUGCAUAACAGCGCUUUUCAGCACCAGCAGCUUCAGGGACAGGGGCAGGUGCAGGGACCGGGCCAAGGACGUCCUGGUCCUGUGCCCAACCACAACAACAACUAUCUGCAGGUUCCUGGCACGGCUAAUGCGGGUGCGGGGGUUGGGGCUGGAGCGGGCAUGCUUAAGCCUCCUCCUCCGCCCUCGUCGGGUGUCGGCGGCGGAAUGAAUGUCUCGCCGAGGAACAGCUGCAGCCAGAAUACGAGCGGCUACCAGAGCUUCAGCAGCAGCACGACCUCCUUGGAACAGUCGUAUCCACCGUACGCCCAGCUCCAGGGAGCGGUGUCGUCCACCUCGUCGACGGGCUGCGGCAGCCGGGCCCACUACUCGCCGGACUCCACCUACAGCAGCGAGGCGGGAAGCAUUGGCGGGGCCGCUCGUCUCGGACGGCGCCUCAGCGACGGAGUUCUUCUGGGCCUGGGCAACUCCGGAGGCGGCGGAGCCCACCUGCUGCCCGGUAGUGCAGAGAGCUAUCGCAGCCUGCACUACGACCUGGCAGGAGGCGGCGGAGGUGCUAAGCACCACCACCAGCAUGCCACGCAUCGCGCUUUCGACUUUGAUAUGAAGCGCGCCCUGGGCUUCAAAGCCAUGGAGCGGACUCCGGUGGCGGGAGAGCUUCGCACCCCCACCCCGGCCUGGAUGGGCAUGGGGCUGAGCUGCACCUCUCCGGCUCCGAUCGAGACGGUGGACGACAACGGGGCUGCUGGCGGCGGUCAGGGUUGGCGUAUGCCCCCACCGCCGCCAGGACUCAGCUCUCCGUACGGACUGAGUGCCACCACAGGACUGCUGGAUGCCACGCCCGUGAACCGCCGGAUGCAGUUGUCGCAGCACAAGGACAUUCAGACACUGCUCACAAGUCUCGGCCUGGAGCAUUACAUCAAGAUCUUUGUGCUCAACGAAAUCGAUCUGGAAAUGUUCACCACGCUGACCGAGGAGAAUCUAAUGGAGUUGGGUAUCACGGCAUUUGGAGCCCGAAAGAAGCUGCUGGCGGCCAUACACACGCUGCUGGCCAACGAAGCGGCCUGCAGCAGCAUGCCCAGCAGCAGCUCCUCACAGAACUCCACAUCGCCGCGGUUCUCCGGCAGUGCGGCCCCAGGCGCUGAGCGCCGUCCCUCCAACCAGUGGUGAUCGGCGAUCGGUCAUCGACUCCCGGAGAACACUCGUUUAUUUAUUAUUCAAUCGCACCCUAUCAUCCUUUAGUCAUAUUAUUCUUAAAAUACUUUUUUUCCUGCAUGCAAAACUAUUCGUUUUUUGGUAAUUCUAGACUAAGAAAAAAAGAUGGGAAACCAUUCCGGAAAAUGUUAAAAAAAAUUUGAAUACUUGUCAGAACCUUCCCUUAAUUACGCCUGUGAGAAAAGAUCACUUACACACACACUCACACACAGAGAGAGAAACUCACACACAAAUGCACACAGAUUGGCCUUGACCUUGACUUAUACUCGUUUUUGUACUCAAAUUCUAAGUAACAAAGUGCGCAGAGGGCUAAGGGCUAGGGGCGGGGCGAGUAUUCAGUAUCCCACAAUUACCUAUUUUUAAGCGAUUUAUUUAUUCCGAAACCAACUAUUUAUAGAAAACCCUCCCAAACAAAAACAUAUUGUGAAUUAUUUAUGAAAUCUAACUAAACGAAGUCCCCCUAUUGUAAGAAAUGAAUUUAUGUAAAUUAACUGAAAACGAAAGAAACCCAUACCAUACGAAAAGAAGCAACGGAAACAGCCACACAUUUGAUAUGAAUAAAUUGAUGUCAUGGAAAAGCUA